UGCUGCUGAGCUGUUGUUGUGCUGCUGUUUGUUUGUGUUUGGUGCUGACAACAACAGCAGAGGACACACGAUGGAGGGUGCUGGCGAUGAGAGGGGCAGGAGCAGGGGGGAUGUGUCACCGCCCCCGCCGCAGUACAGCGUGCUGAGAGGGCUGAGACUGCCCGUGUCAGUGGACGAGGAGCAAAGUGACAGCGACAGCAUCAGCAGCGGUGCAACGGCCACUGUCACGGCCACUGCCACGACGACGAGCAGCGCAGACACGCCCCAUCAGCACCCGCCCUCGCCACCGCACCGGCGAAAGACACACCACGCGCUCGAGCGCGGGCGCAAGGUGGGUACUAUGGCACCGCCAGCACCGCGCCGCCACCACACGCACACAGAUCUCGGGCGCGUGUACCAGACCCCACGCGCCCUCAAGCCGCAGACAUCGCUGCCGGAGUUCACGGAGCGGUCGUCGCCGGUCAUCGCUCCCGGAGUGGACAGCGUGGGCGGACCAGACGGUGAUGACGCCACGGGUACACAGGAAGGUGAUCAGGACGACGACGUCUUCUACAGUACACUCACCGAUGACAACGCUGGCCAAGGGUCCUCUGAGCCUGCUCCUCCGCCGUUGCCGCGAAGAACCGUGACAGCCUCUCACGCGUCACCUGCAGCCAUGUCGCCAUCAUCCCGGCCAAGACACAAGCUCAUGUCCACAUCCACCGCGUCUCCACGCAGUAGCGGGGUGCCUGGACGCCGGCCGACCGGUGGCGGAGGCACGCUGGAGCCCGAGCUUGUGCCCAUGUGGCCGCGCGACACCUACUACGAGGACAUGGAUGAUCUCUACGAGCGGAUCGACGAAGACAGCAGCCCAAAUAACAACAGCAACAACGCGACAACUGCAGCCUCCUUUCAUGAGGUGCUCGAUCACGACUUGGUGCUGAUGCGGCCCGCCAACUCAACAGAGACGACACAGCGCAUGUCCAUGCUCAUCGCUGACAACACGUCGCGGUCGUCGCAUGGGAGCGCACCGCCGGUUCCAACGCGCCCGCCAUCCAUCCUGCACACGUCUGCAGCAGAUGCAGAGGGGUUGACGCUGAUCCCGAUUCCAAAGCCGCUCAUCAAACUCAACUCCAUGCGGCCAAUCCACCCGUCCCGGAGCGAGUUCAGCACGAAAUAUCUCUCCAGCACCCAUCUCGAGACAGGCGGCACCGUCGACUACAAGACCCCGCAGACGCUGACGUGGAAGAAGAAGUAUUGUGUGGUGGAUGACAGCUCCAUCACCAUUUACAAUUCAGUGAAACGUGAACGAGUCCUCCUCAAGCAGUCCUUGGAGAACCAAACGCAUGUAAGACGGUUGGGGCUGCACGACAAACGUCACCAAUUUGCCGUGCACGGACUUGGCUUCUCCAUCGUCUUCGGAACAGAGACACCACAAGAGGUGGAGGCGUGGGUGAGCGCCAUCGAAGCGACAAUCAAGCGGCUCAAGCGUCCAACGAGCACUUUCAAGGGCAAAAUCCAGGGAUGGUGCAUUAAGUGCAAGCACGGGUUCCGACGCAAGCGCUGGAUCGCCCUUGUGGGCUGCGUGAUCUUCUACAGCAAGGCGCCGUCACUCCUGCCGCUCGGGCGCAUUGAACUCAAUAUUGCCGACAUGCACACGUUCGAUCCCGAAGAAAACAGCGAUCCAGAGGACGAGGAGGGGGUGCGCCCAGAGUAUUCCCUGCAGAUCACAACGAAUCGCGCUGUCUACCACCUCAUCUUCCCCUCGAAGACGGAACGUGACAAGUGGGCGUUUUAUUGCGGAAAUGUUGUUGGCGUUCCGUUCGCAGGCAUUGGCACGCCCCUCGAACGCACAUUCCGCUCUGUUGCCUCGUCACAGUCGUCCAACUCGUCCCACGCCCUCUGGAAGAUCGACGAACGCCUGUCGUCGACGUACCCGCUGGCCGCUGCGCUGACGACGCUGCCGUCGCCCCAACUUGAGCAGCGCGCACUGCAGCUGUGGAAACAGAUUCAGCUCUUCACCAGCACACACCAGGAGGGCCCUGCCAUCGUGUACCACCUCAAGCUCGCACAGCAACUCAUGGCAGACGUGGUGAAAGAGCCAGAGCUACACGAUGAGCUGUUGUGUCAGCUGGUGAAGGCGACCAACACGACAGAAGCACCAACGUACCGUCAGCAUCAGGCGUGGCAGUUGCUCUGCCUUGCCGUCCCUUUUCAGCCACCAGCCAAGAUCGUGUAUCGGUUCCUGCGCGCGUAUCUCGAGGACGUGGCUGCCGACAGCGCCGAUGAGUUUUCGAGCAAGUUUGCCAAACACGUCCACCGUUCCCUUCUUCGCACCAUUGUCACCGGCGGGCGAACAGCACCGCCGUCGCUGCUUGAAGUUGAGAGCGCCGUGUGUCGACACCCGGGCGACUUUGCAUUUCCGAUGAGUGUCACUGUGUUCCUCAGCAACGACAACCACUAUCUCGCUGGGUUUGAUGCCGCCACCACAUUCAACGAACUUGUAUCCGAGGUCUGCGCGGCACUUGGCAUCCGACCACCAGAGGAGAGCGGGUUUGCGCUGUACAUGAACGACCCGACGGCGCCAGAUGACCCGAUAUCGCUGUGCACACGUCCGCGCCAAAACGUCUGCGAUGCCCUGCAUGAGUGGGAACGCCUCUUCUCCAUGGCGAGAAGCGGCCUCGUGUCAAUGGCGUGUCCAACCAUUUCCUUUCGCCGGCGAUUCUGGCUCGACGACGACGAAGUCUCAACCAAUGCCGCUGUUGUUGAGAACGUCCUCGUCUGUUACGAAAUCGCAGGCAGAAUCGCAGCGAACGCGUUCCCGCUGCCACCAGCGGACAGCGCGCGCAUCAUUGGACAGCUGGCGCAGAUUGAGUUUGGGGCGCUGGGCACCGAUGCAGAACGGAGGGCCGUGCUGCCAAUCAUCAAGGAGAGAUUCUACCCAACGGAGGAUUUCAGUGGCUUUCUGGACACAACUGCCGGUUCAAAGAGCGACGUGGAUGUGGACGACAUUGUGCUGUCCACAUGGAGAAAUUCCGAGGGUUUGGACAGCGGAAGCCUUUCGAUCUCCAUCCUCAAGAUUGCGUCCCAGUGGAAGUUCAUGGCGUCGACGGUGCUUCCCGCCGACCUGCACCCGAGCCACCUCACACCGCACACGCAGCCGGUCUGGCUUGCCAUCAACAGGCGCGGUGUGCACGUGCUCAGCUCCCGCUUUGAGGAGAUGGAGGCCAUCCCAUACGCCGCACUCAAGUCGUUUGGCCCAUCGGGAGACGAAUUCCGUCUGAUGUUCGCGCCAGCAAGUGAACCGCAACGAACACACACCCUCUCCGAGUGCACGCGCAACACUCUUCGCGGCAACACUGUCCUCCUUUUCUCCAUGCCACAGGAGGUUGAGGCGACGCUGACAAUUGCCGGUUACAUCAACGCCAUUGUCACCGCGCACGGCGUGACGUGUGCUGAAGCGUCCAUCUCACAACUCGUGCACUCGGAGGAUGCACCGCCCUCAUGAACACACACACACAGUGCAUGGAAUGUAGAUGGCUGUUUCCGUUGUGCUUUCUAGCUUGGUGUGUCAACAGGGGUUUCUCCAUGAUGUCACACGUUACGCAUGCACGUGCAUGUCAGUGAUGUCAGUGAUGUUGUGGUUGGUGAUGGGCGGAGCUCGAAAUGCUGCGUGGCGCUGUUUUUUUUCCGUAUCAUUCGCUCGAUAAAGUCACAUGGAAAGCA